AUGUCUUGGAGAAACCAGGGCAUCACCGGCUCGAACAACAUUCCACUCGGGAAAGUGCGUCGCUUUGGAGGCGACUCUGAGCCCAGCAGCAACGGCGGCGGCGGCGACUACGAUCGCGGCGACCGUCAUGACCGCAGCGACUAUCGUAGUGACCGGGGCGGCCGUGAUGACCGCGACCGCAAUGGUGGAGGCUACGACCGGGAUCGCGAUCUGAAGCGCGGUCGUAGCCCAGAGCCCCGUGGACCGCCGGCAACCGAUGGCGGCCUUGAUGGCGGCGUCCGUCGCCGCAAGAAGCGCAACCGGUGGGGCGACGCGUCUGACAACAAGGCGGCUGGUCUCAUGGGUCUGCCCACGGCCAUCCUGGCCAACAUGACCAGCGAACAGCUUGAGGCGUACACGUUGCACUUGCGCAUCGAGGAGAUCACGCAGAAGCUCAAGAUCGACGACGUCGUCCCAGCCGAUGGCGACCGCUCGCCAUCGCCCGCACCCCAGUACGACAACCACGGCCGGCGUAUCAACACGCGGGAGUACCGCUACAGAAAAAAGCUGGAGGAGGAGCGCCACAAGCUGGUUGAGAAGGCCAUUAAGACCUUCCCCAACUACCAUCCGCCCCAGGACUAUCGCCGGCCGACCAAGACCCAGGAGAAGGUCUACGUGCCCGUCAACGACUACCCUGAAAUUAACUUUAUUGGUUUACUUAUUGGUCCUAGAGGCAACACCUUGAAGAAAAUGGAGACAGAAUCUGGCGCCAAGAUUGCCAUUCGCGGCAAGGGUUCCGUCAAAGAAGGCAAAGGCCGCUCUGAUGCCGCACACUCCAGCAACCAGGAAGAAGAUCUUCAUUGUCUGAUCAUGGCAGACACUGAGGAGAAGGUGGAAAAGGCCAAGCGCCUGAUCCAUAAUGUGAUCGAAACUGUAUGCGCCCACUGCGAACGCCUCAAGCAGCUGAUCCAGCAGCUGUUCCCCCAUGAGACUCCCCAAGCUAACAGGUUUCUUCUCCAACAGGCCGCUUCCAUCCCCGAAGGGCAGAAUGAGCUCAAGCGCAACCAGCUGCGUGAGCUGGCUGCCCUUAACGGUACCCUCCGCGACGACGAGAAUCAGGCCUGCCAGAACUGCGGUCAGAUCGGCCACCGCAAGUACGACUGCCCAGAAAAGCAGAACUACACUGCCAACAUCAUCUGCCGUGUCUGUGGCAACGCAGGCCACAUGGCUCGCGACUGUCCUGACAGACAAAGAGGCGCCAACUGGCGCAACGAUGGACCCGUGCGGCCCUCGGCUGGUCGUCUGGGUCCCUCGGGCAGUGGCGAUGCGGUGGACCGCGAGUACGAGCAACUCAUGCAAGAACUCGGUGGUGGUGGUUCUGGCCCGCCGCUGCGCAUCGAAGCUGGUCCGGGUGGUCCCUCUGGCCCCGGUGGUGGCAAUAGCGAGCCCAAGCCGUGGCAACGUGGCCCGACAGGAGGACCUGCGCCCUGGCGGCGUGCUAACAACGACCGUGAUAACGACGGUCCUCCCAGAGAUGCUCCAGGUGGUCCCUCGGGCGGUCCCGCACCCUGGGCGCGUGAUCGUAACUAUCGCAACAACGACAACUACAACGGUGGUGGAGGUGGUUACGACAAUGGUGGUGGUGACUUCUACAACGCUGGCAGCGGCGCCCAUGAUGGCUACAAUGGGCAAAAUGGGACAGCCGCACCCCCAGCCCCGCCGGGCAUGGCCCCAUGGCACCAAGCACCUGGAGCGCAGGCAAUUCCGCCUCCGCCGUCGUACCAUGGCGCUCCGGGCUACGGAGCGCCGCCAGGCAUGGGCGGAGCGCCUCCCGGUCUUCACCCGCCCCCGCCCCCGCCCCCUCCUGGUGCCGGUGCCGGUGCUGGUCUGGGUGCACCCCCGGGCAUGGACUCUGGUCUCAGCGCUCUGAUUCAGCAGUACUCUGGUGCGGUGCAACCUCCACCGCCGCCGCCGCCUCCGGGUGAUGCGCCUCCCCCUCCGCCGCCAAGCGACCAGCCGCCUCCACCCCCACCUCCGGGAGCGUAA